GCGAGAGUUUAGUCUGCAAAUUGAGUAGAAAAAAUCGCAAUAAAACGUGCAAAAUAAUAGUUGAAAUCGAAAUAAAAGUGUUAAGCGGCCGCAGUAGCGCAAGUCGAGCAUAUAUAGCUCGCUUUUUGUGAAUGCGGCAGCGUCUGCAAGCGAGUUGCGAAAGUUGCUGCGCUGUCUGGCCUUGUUGUUUUUGUUGUUGCUGCUGCUGCUGUUGCUGCUUUGUUGUUGUUGUGUGUGUGUGUGCCUAACUGAACGUCUGCCUCUGUUCCCGCUUCCCACCCCCGCCUUCGCCUGAAAAUGAUGAGCAACUACGGCAAUAUCAUGAUGGACUCACCGAGAUCCUCGCCGCAUGGCGGUCGAUCUCCGGUUGUGGCACGCCAGGAUUCAUCGGGGACACUGAAGACAACAAUAUCGUUGGGUAAAACGCCGACAAUAAUACAUACAGGUCCAUUUUACUCGAUGAAGGAGCCGCCGGCGAAGGCAGAGCUGACUGGUGACAAGGAUCUCAUGACGGAAUAUGGACUGCAUCAUACGCUAACAAAAUUCAAGGAGAAGAAAUUCAAAGAAUCGUUGGCGUCCUUUCUGCCCAACAUACCCGGCAUCAAUGACCUCAUCACGCAUCCCGUCGAGAACAGCACACUGCGCAGCGUUAUCGAGAAGCCACCAAUUGGCGGCAAGGAGCUGCUCCCGCUAACUGCAGUGCAGUUGGCCGGCUUCCGUUUGCAUCCAGGACCGCUGCCGGAACAGUAUCGCACCACAUAUGCCACACCUGCGCGUAAACACAAAAACAAGCACAAAAAGCACAAACACAAAGACGGAGUCACCACUGGAGGCACUGAGUCAACGCUGCUGGAUUCCGCUGGCCUGGAAACGUACGAGAAGAAGCACAAAAAGCAAAAACGCCAUGAAGAUGACAAGGAGCGCAAGAAACGCAAAAAGGAAAAGAAACGAAAAAAGAAGAAUCAAAGUCCUGAACCUGGAGCUGCCCUAGGAAUGGGUCUGCCCAGUGGAGGAGGAGCAGCUGUUGCUGCUGGAAUGGGUGGACCAGUUAUGGGCGCUACAGCUGGCGGCAUGUCGAAUCCCAUGGGAUCUGGCUUAGGCGUCGGUAUGAAUACAGGCAUGGGCUUGAAUAGUUUCCCGCCAUCAAUGCAAAUGCAACAACAGCUUCCCAUGCAACAUCAGCAGCAGCAACAACAACAACAAAUGCCCAGUGGAGCGCUAUUGGGAUCUGUGCUGGGCAGCAGCGGAGGUGGACCUGGAGGCAACACCAACAGUGGUGGUGGCGGUCCAGGCAGCUUACUAAUGUCACAGUUUUAGGCGAAAUCCAUUAGUUAAUAGACUUGGCUCAUUACCUCUCUCACACAGACACACACACAUGCAUACACUCAGAUUUAUAGCCCACUUCACCUAAAAACAAACAAAACAAAACAAAUGUGUCCAACAAAAUAUGCACACUUUAAAUGCAAUUUCUCGAUAAAGUUUCGUGUCUAGUUCUUAAUUUAUGAUUAUUGUAAAAUAGUUUAAAUUGUAAUUAGCCAACUUUUCGUUCGUUUUACAUUGCUAGCUUAAUGAGAUUUAUUUAAUGCAAAUUAUGGUACAAAAUGCAAAAUUUUCGAUCUAGAUUCCAGUUAAAACCCCCAAGGACCACCUCUGUACACAUACAUAUUACUAUAUUAUAUAUAUAUAUAUACAAUUAUUAGCAUGCAGUUAAAUUAUCAAACAUCAAAAUUUUAAUUUUUGCUUAAAAUUUAGUGUAGCUACAGUAUUUUUCUUUGUUUGGAAUGGUUUGUUCUUCCAGCAUGUUUGUAUAAAAAAAAAAGAAAUAAUGGAAAAAGCUGAGAUUCAACAAAACAGAAACCUGUACUAUAAGUAAUUAAUUGUAUUUGUAAGCGCCUAUUACAAUAAUAAACGGCAUAGAAAUGUAACA